UGGAGAAGUUAUUUAGCAUUCAGCGUGUUCAGGUUUCCAGACGCGUUUAUUUCUAGUCUACGAAAGUUUUCAACCGCGGCGCAUGUCCAUUUUUUCAUUUUAUAUGGAGGAAACGACACUAUGAGAUACAUAAUUUUCUUGGUUUUACUGUUACUGAAUGUCAUAGUUGUUGCUAAAAGUCACUUGGAUUUUGACUGGACUCCAUCCAUCAAAAACAGAUCAAGACGGGACAUUUCCUGUAGAGAGGACCUGGAAUAUGCACAUGACAACCUCCGCUGCUGUCUGAACUGUCCAGCCGGAACCUAUAUGAAAAGCCCCUGCUUUCGAGAUUCAGAAAAAGGAGAGUGUGAACAGUGUGAGUUUGACUCGUUCACCGAACAUGGCAAUGGACUUAAGAAGUGUUUAUCAUGUAUAAAGUGCCGUUCAGAUCAGGACACUAUAGAGAAAUGCACAAGUACCCAGAACACACGGUGCGUGUGCAAACAAGGCUCAUUUUGUUUACCAGACCAAGCGUGUGAGGUGUGCAAGAAAUGCAGCAAAUGUAAGGAAGAUGAGGAGAUUGUGGAAAGAUGCACAGUUGGUUCGAACACAGUUUGUAGAAAGAGAGAGUCUUUGGGCAGCUCUCUAUCAGUGACUAAACUUGUUGUUUUGCCACUAAUUGCAAUGCUGGUGGUGUGCACUGCAAGUUUUUGCUACUGGAAGAAUACAAAACGAAGUAAAAGUGCAGUAACUUCACGAAGUCCAAAGGAUGUGGUGAAAAUCUGUAUGGGUGACCGUGAUGAUUUGAGAGAAGAGAGACAGAAUGCCCAAAACGCCAAGAUAGAUGAUUCAUCUCCGUUCCAGCCGUUUCUAGAGCUAAAUCAUUCGGUGGGUAUCGGGUCUCCUGGUUUAUCAGAGGUGGAGAAAGACAGAGGACCAGGAGACAGCCUGACCAACACUUCCAACUCUUCACAAAUUAGCCUUUCUUUGUCUGCUGUGUCUAGUAACCCCCAACCCAGCAAUGCUAACCAUCCUUCAAACUCUGCACUUUCUCAGCACUUUUGCACUUUGGAAUGUGAGCUAUCGAGAAGACUUCUUCCAUUGAAUGGAGAGGAAUCAUUGAAGAAAAGCUUUGAUUUCUUUGAGGAAAUGGAUGUCCACUAUCACAACAGAUUCUUCAGGUUUAUUGGACUGAGUAACAAUGCAAUCAAAGUAUCAGAGUCUCUAUUUCCGGACGACCGAGUUUAUGAACUGUUGAAAAUCUGGAUGGAAAAGGAGGGAAUGAAGGCAGAUUUCAACACCCUUAUUGAAGCGUUAAUUUAUUUGGACCAAAGACUGUCAGCAGAAAACAUUAUUGCAAAAGCAAUUAGUAAUGGUUUAUUUAAAUAUGAAGAUGAGUGACUGGAAACGUAACGAUUGUCACUCUCAGUGAUCUCAAGUGAAAAAAUAUAUCUGUUUAAGUGUCAUUUCUGAAACAUUCCUUAACAGAAGCCAAUACUGCAGAUACAAAUUGGCCAAUACUGUGCAGAUAUUUAAAGGAAAAUGUUGUGUCAUCGUUUACAAACAUUGGUUACAUUUGAAUUAGUGUUGAAUUUACUCUUUGUGAUAUGAAAUCAGUGUUAAUUUUUUUGUAGCAUUCUUUAUGACGCAAGACAUUGGAAAUAAUGUUGUCGUAUUUUCACAUUAUUUUGUUUACAAAUAAAGUCAAUGCAAUAUUCGUUA